AUGCCACUUUCUGCUGCAAUAUUUAAGAGUGAGGAGAAGAACCCUGUGCCGCAGUGCCCUCCCCGGCUGGACGUGCAGUCGUUCACGCCCGUCCUCUGGAGCCGCAUGCCAAACAACUUCCUGAAGGUGGAGACGGAGCGCGUGAGCGAGAGGCACGGUUGGGUGGUGCAGUGUCUGGAGUCAUUGCAGAUGAUGGCGCUGCACAUACCUGAAGAGAAUAGGUGUAUUGAUAUUUUAGAACUCUCUGAGCAGGAAGACCUGAUGAAGUUUCAUUAUCACACUUUGAAGCUGUACUGCGCAGUUUGUGCGUUAGGCAAUAAUCGUGUAGCCCAUGCCUUGUGUAGCCAUGUGGCUCAGUCCCAGCUACUCUACACCAUUGAUAACCAAUACCUUCCUGGCUUGCUACGUGUUGGCUUCUACGACUUAUCUGGAGUCCGCCAAGGAGGGGAAGCUUAUAAUGAAUAA